AUGUACAAGACGAUGUUUGAUAUUCUCGAAACUGAUAUUUUGGUGAUGCAAGAGACUAAAAUCCAGAGGAAGGAUCUCAGAGAUGAUAUGGUCUUGGUAUCAGGUUGGGAUGUCUUCUUUAGCCUUCCAAAGCACAAGAAAGGAUAUUCUGGUGUUGCCAUAUAUACAAGAAAUUCAGUGUGCGCUCCAAUACGUGCUGAAGAGGGUAUUACAGGUGUUCUAACCCCUCCAAAUUCUACGACCAGCUUCCGCGACCUCCCCAAGGAUCAGCAGAUCGGGGGAUAUCCCACGAACGCUCAACUUCAGGGCUACUUCCUCGAUGCCAUGACUCUGGACUCUGAAGGGAGAUGCGUUAUUUUGGAGUUUCCAGCGUUUAUCCUUAUUGGUGUGUAUUGUCCUGCAAAUCGCGACGAAACUCGUGAUGAAUUUCGGCUUGCCUUCUUGAACGCCCUCGAUACACGGAUUCGAAAUCUUGUGGCUCUUGGAAAAAGUGUCUUAUUGGUUGGAGACCUUAACGUCAUCGGAGACGAGAUCGACACAGCCAACUUAGAGGAGCAAUUAAAGAAACAGAAAUUAACGCUGAACGAAUACAUAUCAACUCCCGCACGCCGUCUGUUCAAUCAUCUCUUAAUUGGAGGAAAAGUGGUCGGCGAGAGAGAUGAAGGAAGAGAGCCACAAGUCAUGUGGGAUGUAUGUCGUGGCUUUCAUCCUGCACGAAAGAAGAUGUUCACAUGCUGGGAACAGAAGAAAAAUGCCAGACCUGGUAAUUUCGGCUCAAGGAUCGAUUACAUUCUUUGCAGCGAGGACAGGAAAGAAUGGUUCCAGGAGUCAAAUAUUCAGGAGGGACUCAUGGGCUCGGAUCAUUGUCCUGUUUUUGCCACCUUGAAGCCUAGAGUGAAGUUAGAUGGUGUCGAGGUUGAUAUUGGUGACGUGAUGAGCAAGGACAUGUUCAAGAAUGGAGUCAGGGUUCGGGAAUGGUCGAUCAAGGACUUGCUACCAACGUCUGCCAAACUAAUUACAGAAUUUGAUCGACGUCAGAGUAUUCGUGUUAUGUUCACAAGAAAGCUAACUGACUCUAUGACUGCUGAGUUACACUCGACUACGUCAGAAUUCCAAAACGGGUUGGAGGAGUUGGCACAAAGAGAUGCAACACCCAGCUCAUAUCAGAGUGCCAAAUCACUUGGAGUAUCCUCUACUAAAACGGAUUUUACAUUGGAGCCAUCCAUAUCAUCAUCGUCGUCUGUUCCAGUCAAGCGGUCCUCUGAUGCAUCGCCGCCAAUAUCACAACCAUCCAAACGCAGUAAGGCAGAAGGCAAAACAAACAAAGCAUCUCCUAGCGGAAAAUUGACUAAAGGACAACCGGGAAAAGGACAAAGUAGUUUAAUGGGGUUCUUUAAGCCUAAGACGCCGCCAGCAGCACAAACACUUCCGCCAUCGACAAGUAACCCUGCCACAGCAACACCUGCAGCUUUAACAUCAUCGGCAGUUCGCGGAUGCUCUAUGUGA